CGCUGCUGCAUUCACGUCCAUAAUAAUCCUAUUUUCCAUCAAGACGUUUAGUGACUAAACGGACUUUACAACUUUUUUUUUUUUUAUAUAUAUUUUACUUUUGUGUGCCACAGACAAUCCAGGUGGGAUAAAAAGCCAAGGCCACUAUCGCACUCUCUUGUUUGCUUCAUUGCCUUCCAAUCAUAAAUGUCCAUCUCAAAGUCUAGCACGCCUAGACCGAGCAUACCCCCUCGAGCAAGCACGUCGAGCUUAAACACUGAUGAGUAUGCUCCCGUCAUUGAACGUCUACAAACCAUUUACAAUCGCAAGAUUCGACCCCUGGAAACCACCUAUAACUUUGAAGGUUUCCAUUCGGCACCGUUGACAGGAUCAGAUAUAGGAGCAAAACCGAUCGUUUUGCUUCUUGGCCAGUACUCAACUGGUAAGACCUCAUUCAUUCGUAGUGUUAUCGGCAAGCAGUAUCCCGGCGAGCACAUUGGCGUUGAGCCUACGACGGAUCGUUUUGUUGCCGUGAUGCACGGAAACCAGGACCGCAUCAUUCCCGGUAACGCUGCGGCUGUAAAUUCUGAACUUCCGUUCAGGGGUCUCGAUCGGUUUGGCCAAGCGUUUUUGUCUAGAUUUCAGGUAUCUCAAACAAACUGCCCGGUUUUAGAAAAUAUGACCAUCAUCGACACACCGGGUAUCUUGGCGGGCGAUAAACAGCGAGUAGAUCGGGGAUACGAUUUCACUGAAGUCGUCGAGUGGUUCGCCAACCGUGCUGAUUUGAUUCUCCUCAUGUUUGACUCUCACAAACUGGAUAUUUCAAACGAAUUCAGGAUGGCCAUUACUACCCUGAAAGGACACGAAGAGAAGGUACGCGUUGUUCUGAACAAGAGCGACAUGGUUAGCCAACAACAGCUGAUGCGAGUAUAUGGAGCCAUGAUGUGGUCACUUGGCAAGGUUAUACAAACGCCUGAGGUUUUGCGGGUAUACUUGACCAGUUUCUGGGUCGAAAAGCCAGCAAAUUGUUUUGAAGAGUGCCGGGAUCUGAUAGAAGCUGAGCAAAAGGAUUUGCUAAAGGAUUUGAGAAAUCUUCGACGAAAUGCUGCUAUCCGUAAAGUGAAUGAUAUCGUUAAGAGAGCAAGAAUCGCCAAGAUACACGCUCUCAUUAUAAGUCAUCUAAAGAAGGAAAUGCCAGCGCUUUUUGGAAAGAAGAAAAAACAAGAAGCUCUGCUUGCCAACUUAGAAGGCGAGUUCAUUAAAAUACAGCAAACCUAUCAUCUGGCUCCUGGUGAUUUCCCCAACCCUGCUCGUUUCAAGCAGAGCCUUAUUCACUAUGAUUUUGACAAAUUCCGGCCGUACCGUGAAGAAGUCAUUAAUAUGGCAGAACAGGCUUUAUCUAAAGAUUUGCCAAAGGUUAUGUCCAUGUUCCCACAUACUGCACAGCCAGAACUGGCUCCGUCAGAACGUAAUCCAUUCCAAGAAUUUGAUGCUGAAAGUGCCAUGGCCAACAAUGAAUUGCCUCCAUCCUAUUGGCAUGCUGACGCAGUUGACGCUAGCAAAUACAAAUCAGUGUUUCAAGGUCUUGAACCCAAUAAUGGUAUAGUGAGUGGAUCAAAGAUUAAGCCAGUCUUGAUGAAUACUGGCUUAGAUACCAGUGUUCUGGCCGACAUUUGGCGAUUAUCUGAUUAUGACAAUGACGGUGCCAUGGAUAUGUAUCAAUUCGCGUUGGCAAUGCACCUUGUUACUGUGGUGAAGAAUGGUGGUGAGCUGCCGGAAAAGCUACCAUCAACGUUGCAACCCAAAUUCAAUGGCAUUUAGAAGACUCCCCUUCCCCCGAUAGUUCCCUUUACUAAUUUUGACCUACUACGUUUUCCUCCAAUCUUACAUUUUUUAUAUGUCUGUUGUUUUAUUCUGUAUCUUACAAUUGGCUCACCGUCUUAAGAGAUUAAAAUUAACCACGCUAUCACCAAAUAAAACAAGCAGAGUGGGU